GGUGGGUUGGCCGACGCUGGAGCCGCCGCGGUGCCGCCGCGCACGUGUUCGAGCCGGAAGCGCCGGCUGCUCCUGGAGAUUUCUGGGGAUGGCGACCGAAAUGGAGGCACAGAGCACCGGGGCCGAGGACGGCUUCACCCAGGUCACCCGCAAGGGUGGCCGGCGAGCGAAGAAACGGCCGGCCGAGGAGAUCUCCGCGGCGGGGAAGGACGGAGACGCGGGCCCCAUGGACACGGAGGAGGCCCGGCCCGCGAAGAGGCCUGUCUUCCCGCCCCUCUCCGGGGACAGGUUCCUGGAUGGGAAAGAAGAAACAAGAAAAAUUCCAGUCCCAGCUAACAGAUACACACCAUUGAAAGAAAACUGGAUGAAGAUAUUUACUCCCAUUGUAGAACACUUGGGACUUCAGAUACGCUUUAACUUGAAAUCGAGGAAUGUAGAAAUCAGGACUUGUAAAGAAACCAAAGAUGUUAGUGCUCUGACAAAAGCAGCUGAUUUUGUGAAAGCCUUUAUUCUCGGAUUUCAGGUGGAGGACGCACUUGCCCUCAUUAGGUUGGAUGACCUCUUCUUAGAGUCUUUUGAAAUUACAGAUGUGAAGCCCCUGAAGGGAGACCACCUGUCGAGGGCAAUAGGAAGAAUCGCUGGCAAAGGAGGAAAAACCAAGUUCACCAUAGAGAAUGUGACACGGACGCGGAUAGUUUUGGCUGAUGUGAAAGUUCACAUCCUUGGCUCUUUCCAAAACAUCAAGAUGGCAAGAACUGCCAUCUGCAACCUCAUCCUGGGAAAUCCUCCAUCAAAGGUUUAUGGCAAUAUUCGAGCUGUGGCUAGCAGAGCAGCAGAUCGAUUCUGAUUU